AUGCGGAUACUUGAAUAUGCUCUGCUGACCCUACUUGUUUUUGGCCUGAGAAUUUCGACGGCCGAGUGCACUUCCAAGGAUGCCAUCGAUUCAGAACGAUACGAUUACAUCGUCGUUGGAGCAGGCGCCGGUGGCAUGCCUGUGGCAGACAAGCUUUCCGAGGCGGGUCAUAAGGUCCUCAUGAUUGAAAGGGGACCUAUUUCGUCCGGUCGAUGGUUUCCUGAGGAGACUUUACUCAAAGAUCAACUGCCUUUUGACAACUGGCGACCGGAAUGGCUCGAGGGCACCAAUCUCACCAGAUUCGACGUCCCAGGCCUGUGUCAAAGAAUCUGGGUAGACGGGAAGAAUGUCACGUGUGACGACAUCAACGAGAACACAUCUGGCUGCGUCCUUGGCGGAGGAAUGGCCGUCAAUGCGGGUCUCUGGUGGAAGUCUCCUGACAUUGACUGGGAUCAAAGUUAUCCAGAGGGUUGGAAGGCAGCAGAUAUGAAGGUUGCCGCGGAUGCGCUUUUCAAGAGAAUACCCGCAACUGACAGGCCCUCAGCCGACGGUGUUCUCUAUGCCCUGGAGGGGUAUAACGUGCUUUCGCGCGCCUUGAAAGCUGGAGGAUGGAAUUACGUCAACCCGGCAGACAACCCCAACGCGAAAAGCCAAACAUUUGCUUUUGCAAACUUCAUGUAUCAGAACGGGGAACGACAUGAGGAUCAGCUCCGUAUUGUCCAGCAGAGCACCGAUGGCCUCGACUUCAUCGGAGAAACGCAGUGGAUCAAGCUACUAAUCACUCACAAAGACGUCAACUAUUAUGACUUUCAGAUUGGUGCAUGGGAGAGUCCAAUCCAAGCUGAUGUGGAUGCCUACUUGAAGAAUCGGAGUGGGAUGCUUACCAUGACGGCGCCAAAUGAUAGUCCUAUCAUGUGGGAAAUCGUUGAUGGACCGGAUGGACCACGUCAGUUUCAGUAUACAGCGCGAGUGGCCGGAGCGACCAAGAACUCGAUGACAAUCUCGCAGUUCCUUGGCAGAGGCGGCACAUCUGUCGGUGCCGUGACGAUUAACCCAAAUCUCACGAUGUCGAUUUCUACUCUUCCAUACCAGCAAACAAGGGAGGAUAAAGCGGCCAUCAUUUACUGA